AUGGUAGCUGCCAAGCCCAAGCUAUCAUCAAUGCCUUUCAAUACCUCCACCGCCACCAAGUCCUCGAUCACGCGCUCUUUCGCCGCCUACUUCUCACGCUCCUCCGCUCAGGUUCAGCCCCGCCCCUCCGACGUCACUGACCUCCUCCGCCUCGUUGAAGACCUCCGCGAGCGAGAGUCUCGCCUCAAAACCGAGCUUCUCGAGCACAAGCUCCUCAAGGAAACCCUCGCCAUCGUCCCCAUUCUCGAGAACGAGAUCACCGCCAGGGACGCACAAAUUCAAACCAAAGCCAACCAGAUCGAACAAAUGGAAGCAGAGAACCAGAGACUAAGAAACGAGCUCGAAAAACUGAAGCUCCGAAUCGAAGAAGAGAAAACGGAGAAUCAGAGGAAAACCAAGGCGUUGGAGGAUCAGAUAGAGAAGCUCAAGAAAACCGCGUCGGAUCAUGUUUGCAAAGUUUUUGAAAACGACGAGCACUCUUCUUCUUCUUCUUCUCCCAGGCUUCUAGGGACUGUGGAGGUGUCCGUGAGGUCAACUAUUAUCAAGAGUGUGAAGAAAACGACGUCGGAACAUGGAGGCCUGAACCAGAAGCAAGUGGAAGCUACUGUCGUGGAUUUUAAACGAGAGCUCGCGGAAAAUGAAAGGCCGCGUUACUCGCGUUCUGACUCCGACGAACUCGCCGAUUCCACUCACGCAGUUCUAACCAGAUCACGCGCGCCUCGGGUUCCCAAACCGCCGCCGCGCCCGUCGUCGUCUUCGCUGUCCUAUGAUUCUGCUGCCGGUAAUGUCGAAACAGAACAAGCGGUUUUUCAACCGUCGAAGACGGGGCCUCCGCUGCCGCCUCCUCCUCCUAAGGCAGCGUCCAAGGCUGCUCCGCCUCCUCCUCCGCCGUUGCCGAAGGGGAGCAGGCAGGUUGCGGCGAAGGUGAGGAGAGUGCCGGAGGUGGUGGAGUUUUACCACUCGUUAAUGAAGAGGGAAUCGCAGUCCCGGCGGGAACCGAGCUCCGGUGUGGCGGAAAUGCCGCCGCCGGCGAACGCACGUGACAUGAUCGGCGAGAUCGAGAACCGUUCAUCUCACCUGCUCGCGAUAAAAUCGGAUGUGGAGACACAAGGAGACUUUAUUAAGUGCUUAAUCAAAGAAGUGGAGGGUGCCGCGUUUACUGACAUUGAAGAUGUUGUGCUCUUUGUUAAAUGGCUCGAUGACGAGCUCUCCUAUUUGGUGGAUGAACGAGCAGUGUUGAAACACUUUGAUUGGCCUGAGCAGAAAGCCGAUGCUCUGCGCGAGGCUGCAUUUGGCUAUUGUGAUCUCAAGAAAUUAGAAUCUGAAGCUUCAUCCUUCCGCGAUGAUUCUCGUCAACCGUGUGGCCCAGCUCUCAAGAAGAUGCAAGCUCUAUUGGAGAAAUUAGAGCACGGAGUUUACAAUAUCUCAAGAAUGAGAGAGUCAGCAACAAAAAGAUACAAAGUCUUUCAGAUACCUGUACAUUGGAUGCUUGAUAAUGGUUUUGUGAGCCAGAUCAAGCUGGCAUCUGUAAAACUAGCCAUGAAGUACAUGAAGAGAGUCUCUGCUGAGCUUGAGACAGUUGGUAGUGGUCCUGAAGAAGAGGAGCUCAUUGUCCAAGGAGUUAGAUUUGCAUUUCGAGUACAUCAGUUUGCUGGUGGCUUUGAUGUGGAGACAAUGAGAGCAUUUCAAGAAUUGAGAGAUAAAGCGAGGUCAUGCCAUCUUCAAUGUCAUAGCCAGCAACAGAAAUUCCUUUGCAGGUCUGCGACAUGCUAA